AAAGAAUUCCAAAGGAGAAUUUCCUUUUAAAUAAUUUGGACUAUGGCCUUUCUUUAAUGUCAUUCUAUAAAUGAUAGAGUAUAAAGAUAUACUCAUAUAGUCAUAUAUGUCGAAGUAUCUUAACAUUGUGCCAAGUACCUACCUAUACUAUACACAAUACACAUGCCAGUAUCUAACUACUGACCUCAUUUGUCUAAAAUACAUCUAACCUAGCUUAUUCUCCUCUCUUACUCCAUAAUAUAUUUUAAAACUUAUGUAUUUAUAUUUACUGUGAUGUUUAAUUGUAUAUAAUAUUAUAACUUAAUUUUGUGUCCUAAUAUAUUUUUACUAAACAUACUUACCUGAUGCUUUAAUUUUUUUUUUAAUAAUUUAUCAUUUAAACAGACAAAUCUUACAGUUUUUUGUAUACAAGUUGAUAGAAAAUGAACAAUAAAUCAUACUCAAUAUUAAUUAAAGAUAUUGUAAAUAAUUCUGAAGAUGACGGAACAGUACCAGAAAAAUUUUUUUGCCUAGUUUGCAAUGUACAUAUGAAUAGAAUAUAUAGAUUUCGACCACUAUUAUACCACUAUAUUCACCAACAACAUAAAUCAUUUUCAUCAGAUGAGAUUGAAGAAUGGUGGAGUCUUAUGGAUCAAUUACAAACUCUUCGUAUCAACUUAUAUCAAGUAAAGGAUCAUAGUUCAGAAAUACUGCUAAAAUUAAAUCCUUAUCUGAUUUUGGAUACUGAUCCUACAUUGGAUAAUUUAAACUACUUAAAUACAUUAUCAGGAUCUCCUUAUCCAUUAGAAACCGUACCGGAAAAUUAUUUUUGCCCCUCAUGCAAUGUACAUAUGAAUAUAAUAAAAAUAUCUCAACCACUUGAUACCCACCAACAACAUAAUGUAUUUUCAUCAGAUGGGAUUAAAGAACAGUGGUAUCUUAUAGAUCGUUUACAAACUUUCUGUACCAACUUAUAUCAAACAAUGGAUCAUAGUUCAGAAAGACUUCUGAAAUCAAGUCCCUAUCCAAUUUUGAAUACUGAUCCUACAUUGGACAAUUUAAACUACUCAAAUGCAUCGUCCAGACCUCUUACUUUAUUAGGAAUUAAAAAGAAAGAUUAUAUAACACAAUCUAUAACAUAUGAAAUAGAACAGAAUGAUAGACGCAAUGAUAUUUUUCAACAUAAUAGUAAUUAAGACAAUGGGAAGAAAAUAAGA